AUAUUAUCUAUGAUUCUGUCAAUGGCUAGUGCAAUAAAUUAUUGAAUAUAUAGUUUGUUAUUAUUGGUAAUUAAUAAUAAUGACCAGCUUAUUCACUUGAAAUCGAUUAAUUUGCUUUGACGUAUAUGUCAAAUUAUUAUCAAAAACUAAAUUUCUGUAAAAGUUACUUGAUAUUAAAAUUUUAUUUAUCAAUCAAAAUAACAAUGGAUUGAAUAAACAAUACUUGAGUGACUAUCAUUAUUGUAGAAAUAUUUCCUCAUCUUAUUUUUAAAUAUAGGUUAAUAUUAGGAAGAAAAUGGAAAAUUUUUCUAGUAACGUCGAACUGGAAUUUAUAUACCAUACAAAUUCUGCGUGGGCUUUAAAAAAUAGUGAUAACAUAGCUAAUAGAGAUCUCGUACAAUCUAUGUACGAUGUUCUAGUUCAAAAUAAAGAAGUGCGAAUUAUUCCUUCGGCAAUAUCUUUGAAUAGUGAUGUUCAAGUACUACCUUCGUUCCAGUAUGAUCCCCCGACAACCAACGAUCUAAAUCAUUAUAUUACUACGUUAUUAAGUUCCCAAUUAGAAUUAGCGAAAGAAGUAUGUUCAUCCACACAGUUUUCCUUGAUUUUGAAACAAAGGCUGUUAAUUUUAAAAAGAAUAUAUUAUGCCUUGUUGGUAAAGUAUCAUGACAAAGAGAAGACAGAUAAUUCAAGUUGUGAAACUAGUACUACUAGUAGUAAUAGUACAGUGCCUUUAGUAUCCAGAGAAGUAAUAUCAGGUUCACAAGCUCUUUUAGAAGUAGGAGUUAAAACUGGUUUAAGUCUACUCUUCUCUUUAUUGCAACAGAAUUGGCAAGUUAGUGGAAUUCUUGGUAUUCCACCACUUUGCAAUUCUGUACUUGAGACAGCAGUAGCUUUAAUUGAAAAACUGCCGCCAUUAUGUCUUUCGAAUGAUGUUCAACUUACUAAUUUAGGAAUUAGUAGCUUAGACCAAGUUUGUAGUUUUUUAAAAAUGGCAGUAUUAAGUGAGAGUUCAGCCGAUGAAACUGGAAAAUUUCUUUCAUGUGAGAUUCUAUUAGGAUUAGCUCUACAAAGAGGCUCUUUAAGAUAUAUCCUAGAUUGGAUAGAUAUGGCAUUAGAUGUUUCUUGUAAUGAACCCGUGUUACAUAGUAAGUUAACAAAAAAGGCUAUUUCACAACUUGAAGGUAAUAAAAAAAGUAGAGAAAAAGUUAUAUCAGAACAAAUCGGUGAAGAAGUUGUUAUAUAUAAAUCUGCCCUAUUUUUGAUGGAAGUUCUAGUAUCUAUGGCUAAUGAUUAUAGCGGUGCUUGUUCAACAAUAGAAGCCGAUACGGAACUAGGAGCAUUUGAAAAAAGUGAUGUUUAUGUAUGGGGAAGUAAUUCCUCUCAUCAAUUAGCCGAAGGAAAUCAAGAGAAAAUAUUGCUUCCUAUUAAAUCCAAAAUUUUUAAUCAGGUCCAACAGAUUGAAGCCGGACAAUACUGUACGUUUGCAAUUCAUUGUGAUGGUUUUGUAAGUGCUUGCGGAAAAGGAAGUUACGGUCGUUUGGGUUUAGGAGAAUCGGCCAAUCAGUGUCUUCCGAAAAGGAUAUUAUUAGACGGGGGCGUUAAAAAAUUAUCCAGCUCUAAAGGAAGCGAUGGGCACACUUUAGCGUUGAUGGAAAAUGGACAAGUUUAUAGUUGGGGCGAUGGGGACUAUGGGAAAUUAGGUCACGGGAAUUGUGCAACACACAAACAACCAGAACGUAUUGCGGGACCUUUUUUUGACAAGACAAUUCGAUUUAUCAACGCAGGUUAUAGGCAUAGUGCAGCAAUAACGGAUGAUGGAAAGCUUUAUACUUGGGGUGAAGGUGAUCAUGGAAGAUUAGGUCAUUUAGAUAAUAACGCUAGACAUGUACCAACGUUAGUACAGGAUUUAGCAGAAGUUGAAAUUGGUUCUGUAGCUUGUGGUAGUUCCCAUACUCUAGUGGUAUCAAAAGAUGGUAAAACUGUGUGGUCUUUCGGAUCCGGAGAAAAUGGUAAACUGGGACAUGGUGAAAUAGUAAGAGUAUACAGACCAAAAGUUAUAGAAGCACUACAAGGAAUGGUAAUUCAGAAGGUUUGUGCGGGAACGUCGUUUUCAAUGGCUCUCACUACCACGGGACAAGUAUACACUUGGGGUUGUGGACCAAUAUUAGGUAUGGGAUCUGCUGAUGCCAUAUGUCUUAGACCACUACCAGUAGAAGAUUUGACACCUUACAGGAUAAUUGAUAUAUCAGCAGGUGAUACACACUGUUUAGCUCUUAGCGACGAAUAUGUUGUAUUUGCUUGGGGAACAAAUAGCAUGGGGCAGUGUGGUCAAGGUCAUACGUCCAGUCCUAUUACCAGACCUCUUAAAGUUAUCGGUCUCGAAGGAGUUCCAAUUAGACAGAUUAGCGCGGGUACAUCUCAUUCGAUAGCGUGGACAACAACGUCGACUGAAAGUCAACACGUUACCAAACAAAAAACAUUUUGUCUAGAUUUACACGAAACCACUUUCGGUUAUCUAAAAAUCUUUUUAGAAAAAUAUACAAAAACGUUCAAGUAUGAAACUCCACCACUUCCUUUUAAAUUAUCCGAAGAACAUCAGAAAUUCGUAUUAUUGACAUUGAAAAUAUUGAUUACGCAUUUGAAUUUGUGUAUACAUGGAAAUUUGGAUACUAACGUACUCAAUACUCAUGCCAAAGCUCUUCGAACUGCUUUAUUCAGAUUAGUUGAUUUAGAAGCACCGACUGAAAUUCACAAUACCGCUAAGGAAGUAUUAAAUAUAGGGGCCCCGCUUCUUCUCCCUCAACUAAACGAAAGGGUGGAAUUUCUUCAUCAACAUUUAUCAAGCGGUAACCAAUUAUCUCAAGGCCAACAGAUGCUUCUUGGUAUAAUAUUGAAUAGCCUCGAAGAUCCUAUGCAUAUUGCAGCUUUAUUGGGCUAUAGUAGCAUUCCAGAAAAAAAUGAAAACCUCAAACUUACAGGAACACUGAUGCAUACUUUACUAAAAUCAUUCAGUAAAAAUACGGAAGAAACAAUGGAGAGUAUCGUUAAUUAUAUGUCUAUUACAACAAAAUUUAAAUGGCAGAGUCCAGGUAAUUCUAAAAUAUGCAAUCUCCAACGACUCCUGUCGUCACUUCAGAAUCACAUGCUUGCUCACUAUAUAACCUCUUGGAAAGACACAUUCCCCCAAAGUGAAAACGAUAUUUUGGCUCCGCAUGUCUCGCACAUAUUCCAAUUCGCCAUGAAAAUAUUAAACCGAGCAGCAAACAUUUUAAUUAUGUACCCCUCGAGUUUGGAAUUGCUAUACAACGUUUUAUUAGAAUCUGUAACGGGUGCAAUGUUAUUCAAGAUAUUGAAUUCUCUUCUACUCAUGCCGGCGAAUUAUAUAAAAAGUUUGUACCCGUUGCUUUUGGAAUUAUUAGAUUCAAUCGAUAGAUUCAAUCAACUUUUGCCCAGGGAAAUUUUAAAUAACGAAAAAGAUUCAUCACGAAGCGAAACACCGACGCUAGAUCAACUGGCGGAACAAUCUUGGGUUUGGAUAGUCGAUCUACAAAAAACCUGUUCUUUAGUCAUAGGUUAUUGUCUAGGAGGUAUGCUAAUAGGUAAACCGCAAACUAAUGUCGAAAAAAUGUGCCGAUACUGGUUGUCCAACGACAUAUUUUUCUCUGGUAUAAAAAUCGAAUCUCUAGACGUGGCGGCAUUGACGGAAUUAUCGUUUAUGGCGACUUCUAAAAAUUCAGAUCACAUUUUAAUGGCGUUAGAUGGGCUACCACAAACAGCGGCGAAUAUUUGUAGGAUCGCUUUUGAGUUACCUUGUCAGUACGACGAAGCGUGCGCGGUACCGCCGAACGAAAUUAAUACCAGCAAUAUUUUUUUCAACAAAUUGAUGAUUGAUACUGAAAUAGAACCGUGGGAAGUCAACGAAGAUGACAAAAUUUUAUUAGACAGAGUUACAAAGUGUUUUUUAAUAACCGUUUUGACUCACACGGGUCUAAUAUAUAAAGCACCUUCUCAUCCCGCCGUUAAAGAAAUCUACAAAUGCAUUUUGAAUCUUAGACAGAAAUUAAUCAGACUAGUAUAUUCCGAAGAAGAAGAAUUUAUGGAUAAAAAUGAAGAAGAGGUUAUGGAGGAAAAUACAUUUUCGAAAAAUAACGGAAAAUGUAAUUUUAAAAUGAUUUGUCGAGGAAUAUUGGAGAGGUGUCUAUUUAUAAUGAUCUUCGUGAAAAAUAUAGAGGUGGAAAUUUCUAGUAGCACCGAACCGGAAGAUGAAACCGAAAAGGCAUACAUCGACUUUUACAGGGUAGACAAAGACUCUGCGUCACUAAGUGAAUACAGAAAAAUUUGUCACUAUUUACAAUGUUUCGUGUUCAAUGAACCUGCCGAAAAAAUGAGAUUGUCCGAUUCGAAUGAUUUAGACGGUUGGUGUACUGAUACUGGUAUGGUUUACACAGCAUUAAUCCAACAGAAAAAUCGAGCACUUUUAAGGUUAGAAAGUUUGGAACAACUGUUGUAUAAUUUAUUGACUCGCGAAAUAUCACCUACAGUACUACAUUGUAUACAACAACAAUUAUUAGAAGGUACAUUUGGAUUUUGUAGCAUUAAGAGUGAAGAUUCUUGUACACAAUUACAUCAUUAUUUGGAAGGGAUACAAUCGGCUCCUGUAGAUAUUCAAGAAAAAAUAAGGACAGUCGUUCAUAGGAUAUAUCAAUUUUUAGCGCAUUCCCUUAAACGACAGAUACUCAGUAAUUCAGAAAAUAAACAACUUAUGUUGGUUACCGUUUUUUCGUUAAGUACGAGGUACCUUUCUAAUGAUUUAUCAAUAGUUAUAAAUAAUGAUCUGGUUCAACUUCUGAUGAGACUGAUAAGCUUCAAUGCGGUUUCCAAAUUCCACAAUAAUCGAAGUGAAAUUUUGAGCGUAGCGGCUUUGAGAUUAACUAGAAUCUUGGCGAUAUCCUGUACGGUUUAUUCUAAAAAAAUCGAUUCGUCCACUUUAGAAAACGUAAUCAACAUCUUGCACGAACAAUUUAUUAAAACUAUAGAAGUCUACGAGGAGAGUUGUUCGAAUUUCGGCGGGGUUUUUUCGAAUUUUUGUAACGAAGGAGAUAGAAGUUUGGGUGAUUUUUUGUUAUUUUUAAGAAUAAUAUGUUCGAGUCAGGACGUUCAAAAAUUAUUAGCUUCCAAAAAAUGGAUUUUCGCACUUUUGGCCAUACUAGAAACUUCCAAUUCUUACACAAGCUAUGCUAUGCAACUCAAAAUAUUGAGACCGAAAUUAUUGAUUAUUCAAUUGUUGCAAGUUAUUUUACCAGGUCUUCAAUCAGCCCAUAUCGAUGACGAUCUCAGAAAAUAUAUAAUCGGUAAAUUAUUUAAUCAAAUAGGACAAGAAACUUGGAAUGUAUCGAAAACUUUGGACGAAGCUACUUCCACUGCUACUUGCGAUUUAACCGAAAGCGAUUUCAUGGAAAAACAAGUUUAUAGAGAAGGCGAAGGGAACGUACCUGUCCACGAUAUGGGAUUUGAUCCGGAAAAAUGUUACAAUUGUACCAUAGAAGGUAAUUUGACCCUCGUUCAUGGUACCGGAGGUCGAGGAUACGGCUUAGGUUUACAAGCAAUAAGAUCCGGUUGUUACCAAUGGAAAAUACUCAUUGUUAAAGAAAGUCGGGGUAACGAAGGAACGUGCAUCGGAGUAUCAAAAUAUCCCGUUAAAGAUUUUAGUCACAGAUCUACAAAUGAUAUGUGGUUAUACAGGGCCUACAGCGGAAGUUUAUAUCAUAACGGAGAAAGAGAUAUGAGUUUCCAGAGUUACACGCAAGGUGAUUAUAUUACAGUAGUAUUAGAUAUGGAUGCAAAAACAUUGAGUUUUGGUAAAAAUGGUGAAGAACCUAGAGUAGCAUUUGAAAAUAUAAACGGAACCGAAUUGUACCCUUGUGUGAUGUUUUAUAGUACAAACUCUGAUGAGAAAGUGAAAAUUACAGACAUGAAAGUUCAUGGUACCCAAAGGGAUCUACUACCAGGUGAACCAAAUUUAGCUCCACUGCAUGCAGUACUGGUUGAAUCUUAUGUUAAUCUCAUCAGAAAGUUGCAUUCUGCUUUAACGUGGACCGAAGACGUUAAUCAAGCUUUACUUGUGCGAUUGAAGAAAAUUGAAAAUUUAUUUCCAAUUAUUGAUACUCACAAUAUUGAAGACGAUGUUGAUAUGAAAGCAGAAACGUUCAGCAAAUUCAAAUCAGACAUUCAAACGGAUGAAUUGUGUAACAUCGUUUGGGCAGCCUUGGUAGUAAUUGCAGGUCUUGAUCGAGGUAUGAGGAUGGGUGGAUUGUGCAAACACAAAACAAGCGGAAAGAAGGCGAUAGUACUUGGAAUAUUAAAAAAAGGCAUCACAACCGUUAACGUUCAAUGGGAAGAUGGAGGUGUAUCCGAUAUAUUACUUUCUAAUUUAGAAUUCAUCGAACCAACGCCGUUUGCUAUCAAUAAAUUCAAUGGAGUAACUCCCGUCAUUUUAAUGCAAAUUGCCAGACUUAGUGGUAUCACAAAUGAAAUUUCUUUGCCAGUUUUUGAGCUCACCGAUGACGAACAACUAUUAUUACAUCCUCAGAAUCAACAAAAGCAGUUUACAGUUGAUCAUAUGAGAUGUAGCUCAGAUUCACAAUUACACACUCAGAAUCCCAAUGACCGACCUCGAACCAUGGAAUCUCUAACCAACGAGAUGGUAUCGAGUAUAAUGGGGGAAGUAAAAAGGAUAAGUACAGAAAAAAUAUCGAUUUCACAAAGUGAAACGAAAAUCGUCGAUGGUGGCGAUGGUAAAACGUUAGACGACACUGAAAAUUUGCAAACGAAUCUACUCGAAAAACGUUUAUUGAAUUUAGAAGAAGAAACGCUUAAAUUGGCCUUUUUACAGUUCGUCGCUCUUAAAGCUCUAGGUAUUUUCAUCACUUCGUCUUCAUUCACUGAACUAUUUUUGUCGAACGCCAAAGCAAAAGCUGAAGAUAUUGAAUGUAUGGGAAAAAUAAUGCACGCUAUUGUCGAAAAGGCAAUCGACCAAUGUAAACUGGGUAACAUCAUCAUGGUAGCCGAUAUAGAACGAGCACAAACCAUAUUACACAUGAAUUACCUUAAAAAUAGAUCGUUCGAAGAAAAGAAACCUUUACCUCACAAUAUACCUACUGUAGAAAAUUCUGCCAUCAGUUUAUCUAAUUCUGAUACAACUACAGAAGGUGUCAAUAAUAACGAUUCAAGAAAAGAUUUAUUAUUCAAUCAACCGAGACCGUGCAGUUCAGUACCGAAACCACCAUCUUCUUUGAAUGCUGUUUCAACUGGAUUCCCAUAUAGUGUGUACAAUACAACACAAUCAUCUUCUUUGGGUGCUAGUAAUUCUGUAAGAAGUAGAUUAUUUUCUGGUUCAGAAUCUGAGGAUAAUUUUUGGGGAAUGCGUCGAAUUAAUUCUCCCCCGCCUCCGAUAGCGAUUCCAUUACUAGACAUGGGUUUCAGUAUAAAACAUAUUCAAAGAGCUUUACAAGAAACAAAAUCCAGCGGGGAACUGAACGUUCACGCUAUAAACAGUUUGGCAACGUGGAUGUUGGAACACCCUUUCUUGGAUGUCGGUGAAGAUGAAGGAACUUCGAAUAGGAGCAACUUAUUGAGGUCUCUAAUGGAAAGGUCUCAAGAAGCAACCAGAUCUCAAGGUUUGGAUAAUUCUGAUAUCGAGCUCAUUCAAAGAAGAAGUUUAGGUCCUAGAAGGCGUGCUUGUUCGGAUCUACGCAAUUUUUUGGAGCGCAUAGAUAGAGCUUUACACGAUCGAGUUAGAGAAAGGCAACAUGUCCGAGGUGAAGCUCUUCCUUUAUUGAGAAAUUCUUUAGCUGAAGAUACCAGCAGCGAAACCGCCUUCGCCACAAACGAUGGUUUAGAAAGACAACAAAUGCACAAGUCGUACGUUAACGUCGAAAAUCCUUGUGCCAUAUGCCCUUAUUGCAAACAUUUAUCUCCGUAUCUAGACGCACACUUAUUAUCCUACCAUCCUGGUUGUAACACGCAGUGGGGUCAAGGAGUGUGCGGUUAUUGCACCGACGGGUAUUACAUACUUUGUUACAAAUGCAAAAAUAAAUAUUUGAGUAAUUCCAAGUCGGCUAAUUACCUGCAAUUGCAGGCACCCGAUAUCAUAUUUAACGAAGACGAUAUGACCGAAGCCGACGUUCAGUUAACCAAAUUUACUCUACCCAAUUGCGACGAUGCCAAUUUAAUGAAAACUUAUUUGGAAAUGACUGACGCGGCGGUAGCUACUUUUAGUUUAACCAGAUUCGAUCCGCUGGGCGCGAACGCCGUAAUAAAAAUACCGAAUGAAAAAGAAGAUAAAGUCGAAACGAAAAUGAGAUCAGUCGGAAGUCAAGCUAUGACUUUAAAUGCUUCUUUCGAGAGGAUUGUAGCCCUUAAACAUCUUACAAUUACAAUGAGCAUUCUACUUUCAAGAACAAUAAUUCUAAACGUACUGUCUGUAUUGUCGAUGAACACUAAUUAUGUGUCUUUGGUUAACUCCUUAGACACUAUAGGUUUAUCGGAUAUCACUAAAGUAGUGCGUUUAAUGACUUUAACUGCUAUGAAUAAAGUAGAAAUAAACAAUAUAAAAAACAACCAAGAUUUCCCGAUAUUUCAACUACCCAAAGGGUUUUCACAAUUAGUAAACAACUUAUCUAAUGCCGCAAACAGUUGCUUGAACUAUCUAAGCGUCAGUAUUGCUGCCCUAGCUCACAACGACAUCAAUUCCUCGAAUUUAGUGGUGAAUAUGUGUACUAAAGAUCUAAUUAUGUCCGCUUUUGGUGUUUAUGUACCUAAAUCCGGAUUUGCCGUUACUCAAGCGUUGGUAAAUAUACUUUCUACUCACGGUGGAUGCUCUUUAAUGGAAUUACCUAAAGAAGAAUUGUCGCAGAUGCCUCAAUCUGAAGCUAAAGAUGUGGGACCACUAACGUUAGUUAAUGCCCUGUCUGCCUUUAUAUUAUCAAGUAAAGUAGAUCAUAAUUCUAAGCAAUGGGCUGCUCAACAGCUUUUUAAGUGUUUAGCAACGAAAAUUCAAAUGAUGUGUGGUCCAAAUUCAGAACAAAUAAAUUACGCCGACCUUUCAAGUUUCAUGCCCAAACAGCCUUCGAUAUGUUUAGAGGCACACGACAAUAGAAUAUCAUCGUUAGCGUGGCACGAAGACAGUAAUCUGCUAGCUUCAGCCGGUUACGACGGUACCGUCCGUUUGUGGAUAAUAGAAGCUAAAAAACAACCAGUUCUCGAUUCGACUUUGGUAUUUCAUGUUGCCGUCGAUAUUUUUGGAAGCGAGUUACAAGAUAGACUUAUCGGUCAUUUGAAAUGGUCCCCUACCGGUCUAUUUAUUGCUGCUGCUCUUGAUAGCGUCAUUAAUAUUUGGCCGUUGAAGAAAUCUGAGAAUAUCAAUAAUUAUAACGAUUGGUUUAUAGAAGAUCAAAAAGAAUUUAUCACAGAUAUGACUUGGCCGAAGAAUAAAGGGGAUCAAACGCAGAAUAAAGAUUUUUUAAUUAUCGGGAAGAUUGAUGGUUCUGUAUCAGUUAUUACCAUUACUGAAGAUAACAAGCAUGUUGCUGUUUUACAACACUUUUCGAUGACCAAAGCUGUUGCCAAAAUCGAUUGGUAUCAAGAAGACGGUCCAUUCGCAGUGGCCUAUCUAGACGGAACUAUAAAAUUGGGUUGGAUCGAUAAAGAAACUCAUAUAUCUUGUAAAGCCCAUGAGAAUACAGUAACGUCGAUUCGUUGGGAUCCGAAAGGUAUCCUUCUAGCAUCGAUUUCAGAAGACGUAACUUGUAAAAUAUGGAAAGUGAACGAAAACAAAUUAGUCCUUUUGCAUAUUUUACCUCAAGUUUACGAACCAGCUAGUUUAGUUUGGUCUCCUUAUAUCGGCGAAGGUCCUCGACCGUUAAUUUUAGCUAUAGGUAGUAGUUACGGCACCGUAACCGUUUGGCAAUUACCGGAACAAAAUUUUCAAGAAAACAAUCCCGUUUUGGUAAUGACCGCUCAAGGGCAUUCUUACAAUAGCGUAUCAAGUUUAUGUAUCGACAAAACUGGUUUGUUAUUAGCCAGUGGUUGCUUGAAAGGACCCAGUGGCGUGGUGAAUAUUUGGUCUUUACAUGAUGGAAGUCUCGUUCACACCACAACAGGAAAUGGAGGAAUUACAUCUAACGGCAUGUCCUGGUUAAACUUGAAUGAUCAUCUAUCAAUAGCUUUUUCGAGAUCAAAAACUAUCCACUUACUUAGUUACAGUACACAAGAUCUAUUGAAGAAUCUUCCGUUAGCCGCUGUCAGGUGUACACUUAUCAAAAAAGGCAUCCGUGGUCUACAAUCGGCUCCUUUUUUCAAAAUUUUAGCUAGCAUGCUUCCUAAUAUGCUUCAAAAGCAAUAUAAUGCCGAAAAAUUGACUAUACUGACUGGCGCUCAUCUAAUGCAUUCGAUUUAUUUGAAAAGUUUAGCGUCCAUAGCUCUCCUAUUGGAAUUGGAUAAAGUUAUAUGUUACAAAUUGAGACCUUUUAAUAAUAAACUUAUAAGCGAGCCUCUUCCGGAUAUGCAUUGGUUACACAAUUUUAGUUUGGCAACGAAAAUGGCGGAUAGUUUAAUAAAAAGGAGCGAAUUAACCGAAGAUGUAAUUAAUUCUAGUAAAAUUUUAGAGGAGGACGUUAAAACGUCUGCCAUACAAAAUCUAUUUUGGACUUUGAAGCAAGACGAACAAAUUAUGCAGUGGGCCGCCCAAAGACCUCACGACUGGCAGUUCGGAGGUAAAUGCAAAGCGUAUUUAUGGGGUUCCGAUCGUCACGGUCAACUAGCGGAACUCGGUUAUAGCGCAUCCGUACCAGCAGCGGUAGAAUCGUUUUCUAUAGCUAGAAAAAUUGUUUGCGGACAAAAUUGUACAUUCGUUAUCGAGGCCAAUGGUACUGUUUUGGCUUGCGGAGAAGGAAGCUACGGACGAUUGGGACAAGGAAAUUCUGAUGAUUUACAUUCGUUGAGUAUUAUAUCAAGUCUACAGGGUUUCGUCAUUACAGACUUAGCUACCAGUGUUGGAUCAGACGGACAUAGUUUGGCUUUGGCGGAAAGUGGUGAAGUGUUUUCUUGGGGAGACGGCGAUUAUGGUAAAUUAGGUCAUGGAAAUAGCGACCGUCAACGUAGACCCCGACAAAUAGAAGCUUUACAAUUCGAAGAAGUAAUACAAGUGGCGUGCGGUUUCAAACACAGCGCAGUCGUUACUCGAGACGGUAAACUUUUCACUUUCGGUAACGGCGAUUACGGUCGACUCGGUUUGGGUUCGACGUCGAAUAAAAAAGUUCCCGAAAGAGUUACGGCGUUGGAAGAAUACAAAAUUGGACAAGUGGCGUGCGGUCUUAAUCACACCGCUUGCGUAUCGGCCGAUGGGCAGAACGUAUGGACGUUCGGAGAAGGCGAUUUCGGAAAAUUGGGUUUGGGACACUGUUUCAGCAAAUCGACUCCACAGUUUGUCGAAACUAUGUGCUUUAUCGGUAUUAAAAAGGUCGGUUGUGGGACCCACCUAACCGUCUUCUUAACUAACAGUGGAAAAAUUUUCGUAAGCGGCGUGCACCGUACACCUUGGCAACAACACGUACGGGAACGAACCGAAUGCCGACCCCAACAACUCGAUAAUAUCACCGAAUAUGUUAUAGAAGAUUUCGCUAUAGGAACUGAACAUUGUCUUUUCUUAACUAAUUGCGGUAAGGUGUUCGGAUGGGGUAUUAAUACCGAGGGACAGCUCGGAUUGCCUCACGUUUCCAUCGUUAGGUUACCAGAAAUUAUAACGGAAUUAUCUAAUAAGAAUAUUCGACAAAUUUCAACGGGACGAACACACAGCGCCGCUUGGACCGCUGCUCCGUUAACGAGAUCUUCAAGAAUAAGCAAUUGUUUGAGUUUUGGUCUACCAACCGAAAUUCCACCGCAGUACAACCAUCUACAAGGGGCUUCUAUAAAAGCAAUUCAAUCCAGAUUGAAAUUCCUUUACAAUUUCUCGGAUAAAUUAUAUUCUAGUUGGACUUUGAUGCCGUUAUGUUCACAACAAAACGAUUUACAAGUGCCUCCUUUAGAAGGAUUGGUUUCGCCAAAGCUUAGAACGUUGUUGGCACCCCGGGUAUAUACGUUACCUUUCGUAAGGUGUAUUGGAAAAACUAUGAUACAAGGAAAGAAUUAUGGUCCACAGAUAACAGUUAGGAGGAUAUCUCAAGAGGGUCGUAAAUGCAAACCGAUCUUCGUCCAAAUAGCUAAACAGGUUGUAGAUAUAAUGCCGAACGAGAUGAGACUACCGUCUAGAGCGUGGAAAGUGAAAUUAGUUGGCGAAGGAGCGGACGAUGCAGGUGGAGUAUUCGACGAUACAAUUACCGAAAUAUGUCAAGAAAUUACAUCCGGUGUUGUACCUCUAUUAAUUCCUUCUCCGAAUACUAUAAACGACGAGGGAUAUAAUAGGGAUAAGUUUCUUCUAAACCCCCAGUUGACGUCUUCGCAGAAUAUGUCAUGGUUUAAAUUUUUGGGUAUAUUAUUUGGUGUAGCUAUUCGUACUAGGAAACCGUUAGCUUUACCGAUAGCACCGAUGAUAUGGAAAUUGAUUGUUGGGGAACCUCUGACUGUUGAAGAUUUAGAAGAUACGGAUUGUAUGUAUAUACAAAGUUUGAGAAGUAUACGUGACAUACAUUUGUCAGGUGUAACGAAGGAUAAUUUUCAUGAUAUAAUUCCUUUGGAGUGCUUCGAAGGUAGGAGUUGUACGGGAAAGGUAGUUCCGAUAGUUCACGGUGGACGAAACAUUCCUUUAACAUUCGAUAAUAGGGCGCAAUAUUACGAACAGGCUGUGAAAUUUAGAAUGCAGGAAUUCGACGUUCAAAUAAUCGCCAUACGCGAAGGAAUGGCUGGUAUCAUACCGGUGCCUUUGUUGUCAUUAAUGACCGCCGAAUAUAUGGAGCAAUUGGUGUGUGGCAUGUCACAAAUUUCAAUUGCGGUUUUGAAAAAAAUUGUCAGAUAUAGGGAACUAGAUGAAAAUCAUCAACUUGUGCAAUGGCUGUGGAAUAUUUUAGAAAGUUUUACAGAUAACGAAAGAGUUUUAUUUAUGCGAUUUGUAUCAGGUAGAUCAAGAUUACCAGCUAAUUUAGCGGAUUUAUCUCAAAGAUUUCAGGUUAUGAAAGUCGACAAAGCACCGAAUGGCUUACCAACAGCCCAAACGUGUUUUUUCCAACUUCGUCUGCCUCCGUACACUAGUCAAGAAAUUAUGGCCGAAAAAUUGAGAUAUUCUAUUAACAACUGCAAAUCUAUUGAUAUGGAUAAUUACAUGUUGGCUAGGAAUACAGACCAAGGUGUCGGUUCAGAUGAGGAAUGGAAUUGAUUGAAGAUAUUUUGUUACAAGGCUGAUUUUGAUAAUUAUUUAGUACUGAAUAGAUAUACAGUUAUCGAAUUUAUUUAUCUUUUAUUUUCAGUUAUAAACAAUUUUGUUUUAUUGACGAUAAUUAAAAAACCACUUGAAAAUC